GCUGGUACAGGUGCGCGCUUCAGUCUUUCCUCAUUGGCUCUUCAGGGAAGCCGCUCUUACAGCGUGUACACUGCGCGCUCGUGGCGUUCUUCUAGCGCUCGACGCGCUCCACAGCUGCGACUGACGCAUUUGGACAAGAAAUGAAUGCCGUGUGAAACUUCGUCUCCCGAAUGCGUUGUAUGCAGGCGCCGUGGGUGUUUCUCCGCUCAUUCCUCUGAUAUAAGUGAUCCGAAAGCUCAUCGGUGGAUCGCUGAGGUGUAUUUGGCGACAUUAUCACGGGAAUUCGGUCAAUAGCAGAUUGUUUUUUAUUUCAUGACCGAAAACGGAUUAUUCGCUAAGUUGGUGACGGCUGUGGCUCAUUAACUCUGGAGAGACAUGGGCACUUUACGCGAUCUCCAGUACGCGUUACAGGAGAAGAUUGAGGAAUUGAGACAGAGAGACGCGCUUAUUGAUGAACUCGAGUUAGAGCUGGACCAGAAAGAUGAACUGAUUCAAAAGCUCCAAAAUGAGUUAGACAAAUACCGAUCCGUUAUCAGACCGGCCACUCAAGUCCACAAGCAGAGCGUCCUUCAAGAACAGCAGAGGACCAAGAGACAAGCGAUCUCAGCCGAACCAACAGCCUUUGAUAUUCAGGAUCUCAAUCAUGUCACCCUUCCUUUCUACCCAAAGAGCCCACAGUCUAAAGAACUCAUCAAGGAGGCCAUUCUUGACAAUGACUUCAUGAAGAACCUUGAGCUGUCUCAGAUUCAGGAGAUUGUAGACUGCAUGUACCCUGUGGAGUAUGAUAAAGAAAGCUGCAUAAUCAAAGAAGGUGAUGUGGGCUCUCUGGUCUAUGUCAUGGAAGAUGGCAAGGUGGAGGUGACCAAGGAGGGCAUGAAGCUCUGCACAAUGGGACCAGGGAAGGUGUUUGGAGAACUUGCCAUCCUCUACAACUGCACCAGGACUGCAACGGUUCAGACCCUCACAAAUGUGAAAUUAUGGGCCAUCGACCGCCAGUGUUUCCAAACCAUCAUGAUGAGAACUGGACUCAUCAAGCAUGCUGAGUACAUGGAGUUCCUGAAGAGUGUUCCAACGUUCCAAGGCCUUUCAGAAGAAAUACUCAGCAAGCUAGCUGACGUGCUGGAAGAGACACACUACAGUGAUGGAGAGUACAUUAUCAGACAAGGUGCCAGAGGGGACACAUUCUUCAUCAUUAGCAAAGGAAAGGUGAACGUUACUCGGGAGGAUCCACCCAAUGGGACCCUGGUCUAUCUGCGAGCGUUGGGUAAAGGAGAUUGGUUUGGAGAAAAAGCCCUUCAAGGAGAAGACAUCAGGACGGCUAAUGUCAUCGCCGCUGAGGCUGUCACCUGCCUCGUCAUCGACAGAGAGUCCUUCAAGCACUUGAUUGGAGGUCUGGACAAUGUCUCAAACAAAGGCUAUGAUGAUGCUGGCACCAAAGCAAAAUACGAGGCAGAGAAUGCAUUCUUCUCCAACUUGAAGCUGGUGGACUUCAACAUCAUCGACACCUUGGGGGUUGGAGGAUUCGGGCGAGUUGAGCUGGUGCAGCUCAAGAGUGAAGAGACCAAAACGUUUGCAAUGAAGAUCCUGAAGAAGCGCCACAUUGUUGACACGAGGCAACAGGAGCAUAUCCGCUCUGAAAAACAGAUCAUGCAGGAGGCCCAUUCAGACUUUAUUGUAAGAUUGUACAGGACAUUCAAAGACAGCAAGUAUCUGUACAUGUUGAUGGAGGCUUGUUUAGGAGGAGAACUUUGGACCAUUCUUCGGGACAGAGGAUCAUUUGAAGACUCCACUACACGGUUUUACACAGCCUGUGUGGUUGAAGCAUUCGCUUACCUGCAUUCCAAAGGAAUCAUCUACCGUGAUUUAAAACCAGAAAAUCUUAUUCUGGAUCACAGAGGAUAUGCCAAGCUUGUGGACUUUGGCUUUGCUAAAAAGAUUGGAUUUGGGAAGAAAACAUGGACAUUCUGUGGAACACCAGAGUACGUAGCCCCAGAGAUCAUACUUAAUAAAGGUCAUGACAUUUCAGCUGACUACUGGUCAUUGGGAAUCCUGAUGUAUGAACUCUUAACUGGAAGCCCACCAUUCUCAGGACCAGAUCCAAUGAAGACAUAUAAUAUAAUUUUAAGAGGAAUCGACAUGAUCGAAUUUCCAAAGAAGAUCACCAAAAAUGCAGGCAAUCUAAUUAAAAAACUAUGCAGGGACAGUCCAUCGGAGAGACUAGGAAACUUGAAAAAUGGAGUCAAAGAUAUCCAAAAGCACAAAUGGUUUGAAGGCUUUAACUGGGAGGGACUGCGCAAAGGAACUCUUGUCCCUCCAAUUAUUCCUGAUGUGGCCUCCCCCACUGACACCAGUAACUUUGAUAGCUUUCCUGAAGACAAUGAAGACCCUCCCCCAGAUGACAACUCUGGCUGGGACACUGAUUUCUAAAACUGAACCUUAUUACUUGCCCUGCCCUGGAGUGUCUCGUGCCGUACAUCAGCCUGAGGCUGUGCUUAAGGAGCCCAAAAGUGAAAAGAAGAUGUUUAGUCCAGCUGUGUGACACCGAGAUGCCUUCACCCAUCCUUCUCCUGUCCUGCGGUGCCACUGGGGGCAUCGCCGCUCCCAGCAGCACCCCAUGACUCCCGUAACUGUCCGAAUCAUAAUGAUUGGAGUCCAUAUUCCAAACACUGCAUCGGAAAUGGACUUGCACUGAUGUUUCAUAAAUUAGCCCUUCAUAUUUUUUUUCUGUGCCAUUUCAGUGAUUGCACAAACUCCAUUUUCAAAUACAUUAGCAUUGAUGAUGAACGGUUUUUAAAUUGCGAUUGCCUUUAUUUUGAUAGUAUGACAUAGUUGUGUAUAUAUGGAUUUGGAACAGAAACACACUUAUGUCAAAUACAAAAAAGAUACUCUAGUUGAUAUAGAUGGAAUUUAUUAUAGUUAUGAUGAAAAUGUUAAUUUCCACUUUGUCAUUUAUUUUAAAUACAUACUCCAAAUGUUUGUUCAGAUUCUUCUCCUGAAGGCUUGUGGAAGCUUGAGGUUCUUAUGAAUGUAAUUUUUUUUUCCUCCUUCUUUUUUUUUUUUUUUUUUUUUAAGAAUAUUCCAGGUUUAAUACAAGUUGGAAUAAUUUAGAUUACCAUAAGAAAAUAUUUUUGACUCAUCCCUCCUAUUCUUUAAAAAUAAAGCAAAAAUCGAGGUUACAGUGAGGUAUUUACAAUGGAAGUGAAUGGGGCCAAUUUUUGGAGGGUUAAAAGGCAGAAAUGUGAAGCUUAUAAUUUUAUAAAAGCACUUUCAUUAAUUCUUCUGUUAAAUCGUGUGUAUUAUUUGAGUUGUAAAGUUGUAUAAAUCAUCAUUUUUACAGUCAUUUUAAAGUUUAGGGUUUAUGGCGUUAUGCGUCAUGGCAACAAAGUUGUAAAAUUGGAUGCAACUUUACACAGAAAAGGUUAGUAAAUGAUUUUAUCACUCUAAAAUCACGUCAACGCAAAUUGUCUUGUGGCUAUACUUUUUAAAUAGUAUUUUAACAUUUAUGGAUUGGCCCCAUUCACUAAAGAAAACAAGGGACAAGCUGAAAUUAUUUUUUGUGGUAAUCAACUUUAUGCCACAUGUAUUGAACCCCGAAAAUUCCUUAAAGAAAAAGGUAAUCUAUUUUAACUUUACAAUAAAUCAGCCCAUACGCAACACAGUUUGUGCACCACUAGAGGGCAGGCUUUUUACUAAAAUGUGACCCAUUAUACUUCCCUAGUGGAAUAGUAGCAUACAACUCCCCAGAUAAAAUGUGGGUAAGCUCAGAAUGAUGUCUAUGGAGUUACAUAAUCAGCUCUAUUAUUCAUAGCAGACAUACUUUAUGUUCUUCUUCCGUCAUUUUCACUGAACAUCCAUGACUCUACCCUACUUACUGAAACAAUGACAAGAUGGCCUGUGGUCUUUAGUAGCUUGAACACAAAGUGCUGUGCUGGAAAAACAAUUAUGUAAACUUAUUUAUUGUAGGACCAGGGGUAAAUAUUUAUGUAUAUAUGCAGUGGUAAUAUUUUUGUGAUAUCUGUAGAGAUUUCCUGUCAGAGUAAUAAAACAGUCCUAUUGCUUA